AUUGUAAGCAUUAGUUAUUUAUUUUCUGUUAAUUAGUUAGCUAUUAUGAGUUGUUGAUUUUCUUGUUUUCUUGCUUACUCUUGUAAAAAAUUUCUUCAUAUAAAUAAAGUUCAGCUCUAUUGUUUAUGGCUAAGCUUUAAGUUUAGCCCACACCAAGAUUGUCUCUAUGCAGACCAAACAACGUUUGUUAAAGGUCGGUUGAUAGCUGAGAACACGGCUGUUGCAAAGGAAAUAGUUCACUCGAAUAGGAAAAAACGAGGGAAGAAAGGUUUCAUGAUGAUUAAACUUGAUAUGGAGAAGGCAUAUGAUAAGAUGAGCUGAAAUUUCAUCUUGGAAGUGCUGGAAAUAAUGAAAUUCGACAUAACCUUCAUCAGGUGGGUAAAACUGUGCAUUAAGGUUCAACGAAUGGGGCUUCUGCUUAAUGGCACUGUUCAGGGAGUCAUCUUGCGAUCCUGCGGUCUGCGUCAAGGCGACCCGUUAUCUCCUGCUCUCUUCAUCAUAGCAGCGGAUGUUCUGUCAAGGCUACUAAUGGCAAAGAAUGAGGUGGGUAAGAUUGUGGGAUUCAAAUUCACAGGGGGGGCAGCUAUUACCCAUCUUAUGUUCGCGGAUGACAUUAUUUUGUUUGGAAAAGCAUCAGUAAAAGAAGCUAACAAUUUCCUUAAGUGCUUCGAUGAGUAUUGUGCUUGGUCUGGGCAAGCGGUAAACUAUCAGAAGUCGACUGUUUAUUUUACUCAGGGAGUUCCCAGUAAUAAGGCGCAGGAGAUUAUGAACAUCCUGGGAAUGAAACGGAUGAAAAAUGACUCUAUAUACCUUGGGCUACCACUUUUUAGAUCCUUCAAAAGAUCUAAAGAUCUCAACUUCCUGGUGGAUAAAGUAAUGCAGCGAGUAAAGAGUUGGAAAACAAGACUUCUUUCCAAGGCGGGUCGAGCUUGUCUCAUUCAGUCGGUAGGUUCUUCCCUUGCUACCUAUGUUGCAGCCUCGGAUGUAAUUCCAAAAACAAUAGCUAGAAAAGUGGAUAAGGAGUUGAGAGACUUCUGGUGGGGGGAUACUGAGGCGAAAAAAACUUUUCACACUGUUGAUUGGAGCUCCCUUUGUCAAUCAAAAAUGCGAGGGGGCCUCGGAUUCAGAAAAAUUGAAACUAUCAACUCAGCCUUUAUUCUUAAAUGGGGUUGGAAAGCCCUAACCGAUAAAGAGAGCGUCUGGGGAACAAUUAUCCAGAACAAAUAUCUAAAUAACAGAAACUUCUUCGAUGUGGAGAUCAAUAGCAGAGACUCAAGCUUCUGGAAAUCGAUCCUAAGGUCCAGGUCUCUUCUACUCAACCAUGUUUGCAGAAAGAUUGGUAAUGGGAAAGAGACAUCUAUUUGGUUUGACCCGUGGGUGCCUUCCGCUAAUAGAAGUCCCACACCGCUUUUGGAUGCAACGCAUGGAGUGGCAUGGGUGAACCAAUUUAUAACUGAAGACGGUUGUUGGGAUGAAGAGAUGGUCAAAAAAUGGUUCAACUGAGCUGAUGCGAAAGCCAUCCUUAACAUUCAACUCCCGCAGGAAGAUGUGAAUGAUGAUUGGCUUUGGAUGGGGGAACCAAAUGGCCUGUUCUCAAUUAAAUCGGCUUGUCGAUUUGUAAAAAGAGAAAACUUAGCUACCUCUGUCGACCCAAAAUGGAAAAUGAUCUGGAACUCCAAGGUUCAUCCGAGAUUGAAGCUCAUUUGGUGGCAAAUGGAGAGGAAUGCAUUCCCAACUAGAGGGAAACUUGCUUGUGUCAUGGAAUUGAAUACUAUAUGCUGCCCUGUUUGUGGAGAGGAGACCGAGACCUUUCUCCACCUAAUGUGGAAACGUACUUAUGCUAAAGCCCUAUGGUUUAACUCUCCACUGGGAUUACGAGUGGAACUGGUGGAUGCUCAUGACUGGGAGCAGUGGAAGAAUUGGUUCUUAGAGGAUACCAAUAGACCAUCACACAUCAUCUUCUUAGAGAUUAUGGUUACUGCACUUUGUGUAAUGGAAGCUAUGUGGAAAGAAAGAAACUCCAUUGUCCAUGGCCAAUCAAAGAACUCGAUAUGGCAGGUAUUAUCCAUCAUAAAUACAAAAAUCAGGGAACAACUCCAUGUAGUCUCCAAUGAAGUGGAGGAUUUCUGUGUUGGACUCCGCCUCCGGAGUCAUGGCUUUGCUGCAAUUGUGACGUUUCCUGUGAUGAUGAAGGAAUGGUAGUAGCAACAGUGGUUCGUGAUGACCAAGGAAGGAUUGUUACCAUCAAAACUGAGAGAAACCAUCUAACAGACCCUUUAAUUGGAGAAGCUGUUGCCGUUUGCAUGGCUGCUGAAUUGAUGAUAGACAAGAAGGUUGCGCACGUCGUAUUCCAGAGUGACAACAUUGAAACAGUCGAGGCAUUCUCCAAUGUGACUGGUAGGGAUUGCAAUUUCAAAUUGGUGAACCUUAGAAGUCGCUUUCAACAGCUCUGCAAGGGAUUACAGAACUGGGAAGUUGGACAUGUACCGAGAAAAUGCAACUUCAUGGCUCACAACAUUGCCAAAUGGGCGCGGGAGAAUAGUGCUACUGGGAUCAUUCUUUGCAGUGACCUGACUCAUGAUGUGCUGAGUGAUUAUGUCGAAUGGAACAAGCACGCAGGCUAAGAUGGUGAUGAAAUAUCUUUGUUCUGAUUGUCUGGUUUUGAUGAUAGUUGAUGUCUUAGUUUUUAUAGUUUAUUUUCUGCUGUAGUUUCAAUUUCCUGGUGUUUUUGUAUUUUCUAUCCUGUAGACAUUUUUCUUGGUUUUUAUUUAAUGAAUUGGGGUGUCUAACACCCGCUCCUUCAUCAAAAAAAAAAAAAAGAUUGUCUCUAUGCAAAUUUUUUGUUCUUGGC